AUGGCUAACCAAAGGAGCAAUGAAGCGGCCAUAAAGAAUUUAGAAAAUCAAGUGGGUCAACUUGCAAAGCAAUUGUCCGAGCAACAACCGGGAGCAUCCUUUUCUGCCAACACCCAAACCAAUCCUAAGGAACAUUGCAAAGCCAUUGUUACAAGAAGUGGGAGAAAGGUGAAUAAUGGUGUGAAUGAAGAGGUCAUAAUGGAAGAUGAUGAGGAAGUAGUAGUUGAAGAGGAAAAAGUGGAAGUGAUAAUUGAGAAUGAGGGAGAAAAAAGUGAGGAAAAGAUAGAAGAAGACUUAGUUGAAAAAGAGAGGAAAGAAAAUGAAGAAAAGGAGAAAAACACUAAAAGUGUGAAGAGAAAUAAAAAGAGAGAUGAACAAAAGAGCGCAAUCCCUUCCCAACACUUACCAUACCCUCAUGCCAAAUCAAGGAAGGAUAAUGCAAGGCAACACGCUAGGUUUAUGGAUAUUUUCAAACAACUCCAAGUGAAUAUCCCAUUUUCCGAAGCGUUAGAACAAAUGCCAAAAUAUGCAAAAUUCAUGAAGGACAUUCUCACCAAGAAAAAGAGGUAUUCGGAAGAGGAGACUAUUCUACUUGAUGCUCGUUGUAGUGCCAUAAUUCAAAAGAUAUUACCGAAGAAAGAAGCCGAUCCGGGACGUGUUACGUUGCCGGUUACAAUCGGAGGUCAUUACAUAGGUAACGGUUUGGUUGAUUUGGGCUCAAGUAUUAAUUUAAUUCCGUUGUCUAUCAUCAAGAGAUUGGGAAACAUAGAGAUGAAGCCAACUCGAAUGACUUUGCAACUAGCCGAUAAGUCUCUCACCUCUCCUUACGGAGUUGCGCAAGACAUGCUAGUCAAAGUGGAGAAAUUCUUGUUCCCGGUAGACUUUGUGGUAGUUGAUAUGGAAGAAGACCGUGACGUACCAUUGAUACUUGGAAGACCUUUCAUGAAAACAGCCCGGACGAUGAUCGACAUAGACGAUGGUCUUAUGAAGGUGAGAGUACAAGAUGAAGAGGUCACUUUCAAUCUCUUUGAAGCAAUAAAGCAUCCCAAGGAUAAACAUGACACAUUUCGAGUUGAUGCCACCGAAGAGGAGAUCGAGGAGGUUGCUAAUCAAGUUCACAUCUCUAGUCCUUUGGAAAGAUCUCUUAUAGGAGCUUACAAUGUCUUAUCCGAGAUUGAAGAGAAAGAAAUGGAAGCAUUCUUGAAUGAGUUGGAAUCUUGUGGGGAGAUAGAUCAUAAUGAAGAAAAGGUAGAAGAGUUGAAUGCGGAAAAGAAAGUGGAAGAAUAA